UGUGCGUCGCUGUCGAGCCGAGCGGACACCGGAAGUGAGGUUCCUCCGCGUUCAGUGUGCUGUGUUGUGGUUCUCGGCGCUUUCAUUUAUAACAGAGGAGCUAAAGAGAGUAAUAUAGAAUUAGCUGAUUAAUUCGUGUCGAAAUGAGUUUAGCCAGCAGCAGAGAGCAGCGCAGCACCGCGGGAAACCGCAUGUCCAAACUACUGGACGCAGAAGAAGAAGAUGAGUUCUACAAGACGACAUAUGGAGGAUUCAAUGACGAGUCUGGAGAUGACGAGUACAGAGGAGAUCACUCAGACACUGAAGACGAGGUGGACAGUGAUUUUGACAUCGAUGAAGGAGACGAACCCAACAGCGAUCAGGAAGACGAUGCUCCUCGCAGAAAGAGCCGCGUGGUCACUAAAGCGUACAAGGAGCCGCUGAAGGUCUCGAAGCCCAAAGUGAAGCGAGUUUCUGAAGAAUUAAAGACUGAACGGCCUAAAGUGGAAAGACGCACCUUUCUAGAGCUGGAGGAGUUUGGAGAAAUGCGUAAGUCGGUGCGUAAGUCGACAAGCGAGCACACGCGGCAGACAAACGAGCGUCUGCAGGAGCGUCAGCUGGAGGCACCACGCAAGAGGAGAGGAGCUCUGAGCGAACGAGUGCUGACACAAGACGAGCUACUCGCAGAGGCCAAACUCACCGCUGAGAGCAACCUGAGAUCACUGGAAAACUACGAGCGUUUAGAGGCUGAUAAGAAGAAGCAGGUUCAUAAGAAGAGACGGUUUGAAGGGCCGAGCAUCCGCUAUCAUUCAGUGCUGAUGCCGCUCAUCCCAGACGCACACAUGAAGGAGGAGAACGUGGAUGUGGAAGGGCUGGAUCAGGACACGCCCCAAGCCACACCCACUUCUUCAUCCUCCACUCAGGGGGCGGGGUCUCUGUGCUCUCGCACAUACAUCACCUUCAGCGACGAUGAGGCGUUUAGCUCCGCCUUCCCGCCGUCGGCUCGCUCUAGCCCCGCCCAACCUGUUCAGGAGGUGUGUCCUGUUACCCAUAAACCCGCUCUGUAUCGCGACCCCGUGACGGACAUCCCCUACGCCAAUGCCCGAGCCUUCCGGAUCAUCCGCGAGGCUUACCAGAAAUACAUCGCGGCGCACGGUUUUCCCAACGCUUCUGGAAGCUUCAGCGGCAACAGCGACGUCAGUGAUUCGCCGGCAGCGACCGCCAAGAGCACACGACCGAAAGCCGUCGUCAAACACACCGUAGUCACCACCUAGAUGCACCUUAACGACUGCUUUUGAGUGUUUAGUUCCACCUGAGCGCCUCGGAUCCGCUGAUGGAGGACUGAUUCAGCUUUUGAUUUAUGAUCACAUCACCAGCACCGGCUCUGUUCAUUUUCUGAUUUCUCCUUUUGUAUUUUCCAGGGUUUUAGUCCAAAAAUGGCAAUAAAGAACUCAAGAGUGAUUACCUCUUUUUU